AUGACAGUCAUCGGAAUCGCGCUUUACAGCCAGAAGCCGAAUUCAUCAAAUAAACUCCAGACAUUAUGCUGGGCGCUUGUCCUUCAUCCGAAGCGCUUCCACCCCUCCGACCACGACGUCCGCAUCCACUUCGUCAAACUUACCCCAACUUCUUCCCCCUAUGCCCGAGCUACUGCUUGGACACUGCGCCACCACACAGCGCGGUUGACAGACCCCCGACUCGGGCUGGGCACGCUCCUAGGCGUCCUACAUGUUGCCACCAUCCCAAACGAGUUGCCGAUGGUGAACACGUACCUUCGCGCGUUCCCCCCAACCUCAAACCUCGACGGGCGCAGCAGACGCGUGAUCAAGGGCUGGUCGACUGCUGCGUGGGUGGUGUAUGUCCUGACGAGCAUGGCGGCGAGGGAUAUGGUCCAGCUACCGUGUGCGAUCCAAGAGGUGUACGACCAUGCCAUGGAUCGAAUAGGGGUGCUCGAGGGUGUGCGCGCAGCUGCGUUGGAGUCGAGCAGCAGCGGCAGUGGGAGCGACGAUGACAUUCGAAGGGUGUGGGGUGGUGGCGGCGUGGGUGUGCCUGUAGUCCGUCUCUGA